AUGAAGAAAUUAAUCCUCCUGAGUCUUUAUCUGCUUGGAUUUGCCAAAGGAGCACCACCAGGCCAGCCUGAUGAGCUUUUUGAGUCUGCAGACCGCCAAGCUUCUGUCCAGCAACUUUCAAGUGAGUAUUUCUCACUCACAAACCCGUCAGAUGCCGAAUCUCUAUAUGAAACCCCCUCAGGUGAGAAAACUCUGAUCGAUCAUAGUUCAAGCGAACAUGAAUCAAGUGAGCAUUCUACAGGCGAACAUGUUUCAAGUGAGCACAGUGCGGGAGAACAGUCUUCAGAACAUAUUUCAGGUGAGCACAUUACAGGAGAGCACACUUCGGGCGAGCACACUUCGGGUGAGCACACUUCUGGCGAGCACACUUCAAGCGAAGGUUCAGAACAGUCAAGCGAACAGGCUUCAGAAGUGUCUUCAGCUGAACAAGUUUCAGGAGAAAAGACUGAAGAGGUGGGUGAACAGUCGGCUGCCGAGGCAACUUCAGGUGAAAAGAACGAACAGGGUAUGAGCACACCAUUUCCAAGCACAUCUUCAGGCGUAGCAAUAAAUUGCCACACAUGUUCCUAUAUGAAUGAUGAUGGAAAAUGUCUUCGUGGAGAAGGAGUAUGCACCACUCAAAAUUCCCAGCAGUGCAUGUUAAAGAAGAUCUUUGAAGGUGGAAAACUCCAGUUCAUGGUUCAAGGGUGUGAGAACAUGUGCCCAUCUAUGAACCUCUUCUCUCACGGAACAAGAAUGCAAAUUAUGUGCUGUCGGAAUGAACCUCUCUGCAACAAGACCUAG